AUGACAGUCACGCAGUCCGCAAGUGUUCCUGCAUCUGGCGAAAGGACGAGGUCAACUACCCCAAUUACACCAGCUACGGUCUCCCAGAUCUCUCCCAUUGCUAGUUGGGUUCCUUUCCACGCCGUCGCCUACUAUCCUUCUUCUGAAUGCCCACAGCUGACUUUCUUCGUCUCGGUCCUACACUGCCUGAUGGUGGAGGCCAACGAUGAUGGGCUGGACGAAGCCCUUCAGAUCCAUCACUCUGGCAAAAAGAGAGACCACACCACAAUCUGGCCAUUCGCAAGCGUUCUCUCCGCCGUGAGAGACAGAUUCAAUCGCCUGUCCCAACUGCCGGGCUUGCAAGACCUAGUCAAUACUCUUUUCAGAAUGGACCUACAUCGCCUGCACCACCCCGCCACGCUCAUGAAAGUCCAGUCCAGCAGACUCAGCGAAGAAGUCGAGGUGAGCAGGUUUAUUCUGGUGCUAUUUCACCGAAGCGAGGCAGCAGACGAAAAGUCCGAGAUCUGGCGCAAGGUUUCGGUGUGCCGAAAGGGUGAACGCCCCUCAGACAGUGAUCUCACCACGAUUGCGCCGGGCAAAAUUGUGGCUGUCCGAAUGAGCCUGGAUGACGACGGUGUCCCGGCAUUGGAAGUUUUCUCUCUCUACAGGCUAAACAAAGAGACGGAAGAUUCAACCGAGUUCUACCAUUCGUUCCAAGAAUUCAACGAGCGCAUCUGGUUCCAAGAAGCAGAAGCUAGCCGCCCCUGUGGGGAGAUGAUUGAUUACGCUUGUGACCACAACUGGAACGAUACAUGGACGGAUACCUGGCUGGCGACACGGGGGCAGCUGGAGCUGAACUGA